AUGGAAGUCAUCAAAUUUUUGUUAGCUCUGACAUGUUUAUUGCUCGUUUAUUCUGAAGCCGUUCCCUUUUGUGACAAGAAAGAACUUGUGGUUGGAGGCAAUGAAACUUCUUGGACGAUUCCACUUUCCAACAAUUCUUUCAAUGAAUGGGCAAACACAAUUGACGAGUUUGUACAAGGCGAUACUCUCACGUUCAGGUUCGAUAAUAAGACUGAUUCAGUUCUUGAAGUAAGUGGGUUGGACUAUGAAGCCUGUGAAACAUCGAGACCCAUAAAAGAAUACAGAGAUGGUAACACCACCAUUGAAUUAGAGUGCUGUGGACAUUUCUACUUCAUAAGCGGAGCUCCGGGGCACUGUGAGAAAGGGCAGAAACUAGAUAUAUUUGUCAAUCCUGAUUUGGUUUGUUAUUGGAGGACGAGACCGCUCGGCUACCCUCAUUGA